AUUUACGCUCUUACUAUGCUUUUUCUUGCAAAGCGAUUUUUUAGGGGUGGUUAAAAAAUUGUCUGAAUUCGACUUUUUUUUUUUCAGUUAAAAAAUUCUCACAUCCUAUUUUUUCGGUUUCUGUUUUGAUGAUCGCGUCGACGCUAUUUUGUUCCGUGUUCAAUUUUUUGUUUUUUUUUCUUCAUCUGUCUCUACCCCUUUGUUUCAAAUAUGUAUAAUCGAUUUGGUUUGGUUUGUUUUGGUUCGUCUGAAAGGGUAGGAAUGUUGGAUUGGGUACUGUGAAGUUUCGUUCUUUUGAUGAUUUUGGAGAUGUUUGUUGUUAUUGAUUUGAACCUGAUUGUUGUUGAGCUUGUGUAGUAUGUUAGCUUUUUGUGUCUUAGGAUGCUGAGUUAAUUUCCCUUUUUGGUAUAGUGAUGAGAAAUGAAGGGAGAGGAAAAGAUUUCGAUUGAGAUAUAUUGUAAAUCUUAAUACUCUUAGAGAAUAGAGAUGUUGAUUAAUCAUUAUUUAGCUUCUUCGAAUUGUUUAGUUUCCUUUUACCAAAACUGUUUCUGCGAUUAAAUUAAAUUUUCAGCACAAUAUAAUUUCUUGAAUUUUAUGGAUAGUUGGUUUUCUUGUUAUGUAUAUGAUUUUUUCUUCUUCAUCUCCAUUUGGUCCCUUUGCAUUUGUCGUGUACCCUUCCGAACGCCUACUAAUCUCUUUUCCGGGAGAUAAUGUAUUGUCAAAACUAAAGAUGUUUACAACCCAACUUGUAGCUCAAUUGGCCUAAGGAUAUUAAGACUCGGUGUAGUGUCUGUUUCGGAGGUUCACUUCUUCAUGAUGCAACCUUUUUCCUUUCCUUCUGAAGUUAUUGUGCCUUUUAUAUAACCUCCCGAAAGAAUUACAUUCUUCUUUUGCUUUAACCAUAAUUCUCAUAGCUUUGUCGUUACUAGCACCACAUCCAGUUUACCUUAGUGUUUCAAUAAUCCAACAGUUGGGAGAUGUUUUAAAGUUGGAGAUUUGUUUUUAAAGGUUAAUUGUUUGCUUGCUAUCUUGGUGGAAAUUAAACAUGCAACAGUGAUGAGCAUUCAAAUUUGUUACAGUUGUCUUGGUUGGUAUGUGGGGUGUAAAAUUGUCAUGGAAAUAAUCACUAAUCAACAUAUACAAAAUUAGUUUUUUUCCCCCUUAUCUCAUUUGUCCUGUCUGGAUCUUCUGUCGAGGAUGUAUAUGAGCUCCUUAUCAUUGAAUCAGAAAUUAUUGGUCCAACAACAAUACAUGUUUGAGCUUUUUAGCUAGUUCUAUCUUAUUCAUGUGUUGCUGGAAUAGUUUUUGCUUCAUAGCAAAUUGUUUCAGUCACAUUUGCUUAUGUAUCUAUGCUCAAUUUAUUGCAUCAAUAAAAUGGGUUAAUUCUUAGUGUGUCUAGCAAAACAUGCUAUAUACUUCAGUUUUACGGCCAAUGUGUCAUCCGCAGGUUAUAUGUCAAAGGAGGACUAUUGGGUCCUUCCCGGCAAUUGUUAGCAAGAUGCCAGGUCCUAGUUCUAACGGCACUGAUAUGAAUCAUCAGUCUUCCUUGAAUCAUGUGCAGAAUUCAGUAGAUUUUCGACUGUCAGAUUACAGGGGGUCUUCUGGUGAGACUGCAUGUUUACGUGGUAGUGGUCCUAAUGUGACCUUUAAUGGCUGGAAUACCGGUGAACACAGUUCUGGACUGAAUCUGAUCAACCAAGUCAAUGAUGAUGCUCUAAUAUCAGAACAUAGAUUGUCUUCUUCAUGUAGUGCUAUUGCCGAGGAUGGUCAGAGACCUGAAGAAAGGCAAUUACUUGGGAACCAAUCCAGAAUUCAUCCUUCCUUUUUGCAAGGUUCCAGCUCUAAUCAUACAGCUCAGAAUAUUAAUCUCGGUAUGGGGCACAUUGGCAACUCUUCUGACCGUGGGAAAGGAAAAGAAACUGGUAGUGGUGGGAAUAGCACCAAUCCAGGUGGAUUAGAUAGAGAGAAGAUAAUACUUGGCAGCUCGUCAUUCAAUCACACAGGAGCUUCGUCUGCAAGCUCUGGAUACAUGGCAUGGGGAGAUAGCAGUAGUUCAAGUUCUUCUUUAGCUAAUUGGGGUCCUUCCUGCAAGAGAAAGACCCUUGAAGGUAGUUCUAUGCAACUAUGUACCGGGGGAAGUUCGAGUUCUCUUGUACAAACUGAAAAUGGUUACUGGCCUGCUGAUUCUGUUGAUCUUAAUGUUCCUGGAAGCUUAGGUGAUCUGUCACCUUUAGACGAUUUUCGUGUUACUAGCCCUCCAUUUCAGCAGAAUACAAGAAAUGAAGCUUCUAAUAUGUUCCCUUCAGUGAUAGGUGUAGCGGAAAAUGUGGAAAGGCCUCUAAGAAACUUUGAUAGGAGAAUAACCCAUUUACAGCAUCCGGAAUCUGUACCUCUCAAUUUAACAUCAACUGGGAGUGCUAGACAUCAGAAUUAUCCUUCUCCACAUCAAACACCUGGCUCUCUCUCAUUUAGCGAGUCCUUGGAUUUGAGGUUAACAGCUGGAGUAACAGCUGCUAAUUCUGUUGUGCCACAAACCCAGUCACCUUCCCUACACAUGCAUCCUUUUCCGUGGAAUAGAGGUGCUAAUCAUAGAGUGGCCAGAUCAUCAAGUUCUUAUAACUCGGGAGAAAGAGCAGUACGCGAAGAUUUUAACUUAAGAAUCUUCCCAAGAGAUGGUACUGAGCAUCCCAUGAAUUUGCCUGCAUCUUCAGGACAUGAACCUGCAGGUUGGUAUACAUCUUCUAAUAAUGUGAACAACGCCGGAGGUAUACCUCCUCCAUCCUGGAUUGGAUCUAGUUCAAAUGUCCACUCGUUACCUAAUCCUAGCUGGACUUUUAACCAUGAAGUCCCAACAGAAAAUCUACAGAGAGUUUCAGAGUUCAGUCCUUGGUCCCUUUUUCCAUCAAUCAGCUCAGCAUCUGGGGCUCAUAAUGGCCAUUCCCCCUCUACUUCCGGCCCUCUUUCUUUUUCUCAGGGUUCUAGCAGCAGUCAACCACAUCCAAGAACAUCAUAUUUGAUGGAAAGAAGGGGGGAUGUACUCCCUGCUCCUCAUUCACUGCGAACAUUACCCGCUGACAAUGAGGGAAGACGCCGGCUCAUAUCUGAGAUUCGCCAAGUCUUGAUUGCAAUGCGGAGGGGUGAGAGCUUACGAGCUGAGGAUUAUAUGCUCUUUGACCCUUUCCUAUAUCAUGGCAUGGCUGAAAUGCACGACAGACACAGAGAAAUGCGUCUUGAUGUUGAUAACAUGUCAUAUGAGGAAUUGUUGGCACUGGGGGAGCGUAUAGGAGACGUAAGCACUGGACUGAACGAAGAUAUAAUUCACAAGUUGAUGAAGCAGCGAUUUUACACAUCUCUGAUGACCGAGUCUUCUUCUGAUCUUGAACCUUGCUGUAUCUGUCAGGAGGAAUAUACUGAUGGACAGAAAAUUGGUUCGCUGGAUUGUGGGCAUGAGUUUCACACUAACUGCAUCAAGCAGUGGCUAAUGCAGAAGAAUAUGUGUCCAAUUUGCAAAACAACAGCCUUGGCCACGUGACCAGGAGAUUCCAUCCCUCCAUACAUAUAAUAUCCAUUUAUCAGUUUGAUAUUGUUGUUGGCUCCAUCUAUUACUUUUUUUGUUUCAUGAACUUCCUCUCAUCUGUCAAGAUCGAGAAAGAAAACGCAAAAAAAAAAAAAAAAAACAUAAAAAUGGAACAUUGGUGGUUAAGGUCUAUAUAGUAGAAUUACAUUUAUACUGUGAUAACGGACAAUUACAUGUCCUUUAUGAUGGCUAAAAACACUUGAAUUUUAUUAAUUUUCAUUAUGAAUUUAAGACUGUUGUGAUCGCGGAA